CUCUCUCUCUCUCUCUCUCUCACCCUCUCUCUCUCUUUUAUUCAUUUUAUAAGAGAAUCUGACCAACACAGCAAGCUUUGGUACUUUUGAAUAAGAAACCAGUAUUUUCUGCAGAUUCUUGCUCUUUGUAUUCCUACAUUCAUACAUUCUCAUGACACCAGACACCACUACAUCGAAAGCUUUGAUUCCUUCCUUUUCCCUCGUUCUCAUUCUUGAGAGUGUCGUUGAAGUCUCUGUCAUUCCUCGGAUCCCGAUAAAUUUGAAAAACCAUCAGAGAGCUUAAACCGCAGCAUUUGCCAUUUCGAUCCAAUCAAAGUUUCCACAUUACAAAAACAGCCCUUCCAUUUACGAUCUGAGCUAAAGCAAAGCAUUCUCUUUUACCAAAAUCUUUGCAUCCCACUUUUUCUCUGAGAGAGAGAGAGAGAGAGAGAGAGAGAGAGAGAGAGAGAGAGAGAGAGAGAGAGAGAGAGAGAGAGAGAGAGCAUGUUGUCUGAUCAAAGGAGAAUUGAAAAGUUGCAAACUUUAGAAUCCGAGGCAUCUGGGUGUGUGUGGAUUACAGAGUUUUGUAGUUCCUGAGAAGCGAGCUUUUGUCUCAGUCCCGUUUGAACUGAACAGUGACCGAUAAAGUUUGUUGAAGGGAAAGGGUGCAUUUUUUUAAUGCAGGGUCAUUGUUAUGAGGGUCAUGACACUGUGAGAUUGAGUUUGGUCUCUAUAAAGAGAGGAGCGUCAAAGAAAACAUAGAAUAAGGACUGAGUGGACAAAGGAAUAGCGAUGCAGGAUAUGAAGAAGAGGACUGACACUGAAGAUUCGAAGAAGAAAGAGAGGCAUAUUGUGACUUGGUCUCAAGAGGUGGGAAAUUUCGUGGGCUGCAGGAGGAUGAUAUACUCCGCGAGCAAAUCGGUAUUCAUGGAACUGAGAACUGGUCGAUUAUAGCAUCAAAGUUCAAGGAUAAAACGACAAGACAAUGCAGAAGAAGAUGGUACACAUAUUUGAAUUCUGACUUCAAGAAAGGGGGUUGGUCACCCGAGGAAGAUAUUCUAUUGUGCGAGGCUCAGAAGAUUUUCGGCAACAGAUGGACAGAGAUAGCAAAGGUGGUUUCAGGACUGACAAUGCCGUAAAAAAUCGCUUCACAACCUUGUGUAAGAAAAGAGCGAAGUACGAAGCCUUAGCGAAAGAGAAUAGCACUACAUUCAUCACCCCGAACAGCAAACGGAUCAUCUUGCACAAUCCAUCAUGUGAUGACGGAACAGCAGAAUCUGCAGCACCGGCUAAGAGGAUGAGGAGGGCUCAUAUUCAGAAUAUAGCGGAAGAUUGCAACUUGAAAGACAGAUUGCAUAUACAGAGUGGAAUCACAUAUAGUCAGCAACAAAGAGCUCCCUUUUCCAUAUUGGCGCAAAACUAUCGCACUAACAACUCACCCCCCCAGCAAUACGAAAGCAACCAAAAAGAAGCCACCGAUGAUGCUCAUGGAACAAAAGUCCAAGGAACAUUUCUUAGAAAGGAUGAUCCAAAAGUUACUGCUCUGAUUCAACAAGCUGAACUGCUCAGUUCCCUUGCGCUGAAAGUCAAUGCAGAUAACAUGGAACAGAGUCUUGAAAAUGCUUGGAAGGUUCUCCAGGAAUUUUUGAGCCACAAGAAGGAUGCUGAAAUUCUCCACGAUUGCAUCACCGACACUGAUCUCCAAUUCGAAGAUUUCAAAGUCAUGGUGGAGGACCUCAGGAGCAGCAAUGAGGGAAGCCAAACAUCUUGGAGGCAACCCGAUCUGUGUGAGGAGUCUCCAGCCAGCUCAGAGUAUAGCACAGCUUCUACUAUUUCGACUCAUACUGUUUAUGAUAAAGCGGAAGAACCUCAAGCUGAAGAAGUUGCACUGCAUAAAGCUAUUGAAACUGAACUACGAAAUAGCCACUCUGAUGAACAAGGUGGAGUCGAUAACUGCUGUAAAGGGAUUCUUUCCAGCUCAGUUACUCAUGGAGGUACUUUCCAAUCUUGCGACGAGCACAUAACCACCGCUGGAGUUGUUUCUGUCUCAUCAAAUACAGAAUGUAGCUCUCCUGUUCAUGUAACCCCACUGUUCAGAUCCUUAGCAGCAGGAAUUCCCACGCCAAAAUUUUCAGAAAGUGAGAGACACUUCCUUCUGAGAACGUUUGGCAUGGAUUCGCUUCCUACAUCUUCUCCAACUAAUUCGGCUUAUCAGCCGCCCUGCAAAAGAGCUCUCCUCCAGAGUCUGUGACCGACCAUGUUAAUCCAACUUCAGUAACCAGAGUACCAAACACACCCCAGACACCUUUUUGUUUUGCUUGGCUGAUCCCGCCUAUAGUAAGUUUUCUAGUCCUGUUCAAGAUCCAAUUUUUUUCCCAAUGCAGCCACUCAGGCCUAAAGUUUUACAAAAAAAGGCAUCUUGAGUCUGCAUUUGAAAGCCCCCCCUGAUUGGGAUCCAGAAUGUUAUGGCACAUUCUGCAAUCCUGACAGUUUGAGAGCUUGUCGGAAGUCACUACCCGUGACCAAGUGUGCUUUUAGAAGUGUGUCAUUCCCUUUGUGAUUUCUCGUUUUUCUCCGCCAGAUGUUGUUUCAAGGUGAAACAACUCCUAUUCAGUUUUUUCUGUUGAUUUUUGGUUUGUACAGAACCUGCUACAUAAAUCCUUAUAGCCAGAGUGUAAUUAUCAAUCGGCAAAUCGCCCACAGCCUACCUACAAUAGAUGAUCAUAACCGAAAAAUAGAGAACCAAGAAAAAGAAAAAAGAAAAAAAAAAAGAAAGGAGGAGCCACCAGUCCAUAGGGACUGCCGUUUGAUUUUAUUUUUUGGCCCCAACAUUUGUGGUGUGCAUAUCAUAUAGGACAAUCUUUUUGGUCUUUGUAUUUGGUUUCUGAUGUAAUGAUACUUACCGAGAUUGGAGUGGAAUUACGAUACGGUCUUUGGUGUGCUAA